AUGGAAUUAGCAACAAUUGCAACAAAAGAAGAAAGUACAUUAACUGAGUUAAUAUUUAUUCAUAAAAAAUUAUUCAAACUUUCAUCGCAAAAAAAUUCGGUGCUAAAUUUAUCAGCAAAUUUUUAUACGAAUUAUGGUCCACGCUCUGUUCGAUGGUCAAUAUGUUUCUCAGGUUAUACAACAAUUGCAGUUAAUUCCACCGAUUCAUAUUCAAUUCCACCACGUGGAAAAUAUAAAAUUACUGCUAAAGCAAUUUCAAAACAAAAUAUUGAAAUAUCAACUGAAUUAACAUUUGAAAGAAAUUUAAUUGAUAUAUGGAAUUCGGAAUUUUUGGCAAAAAUUUCAACUAUUUUGGAUUCAAACGAUUUUUUUGAUUGUGUAUUAAAAUUACGAUAUGAAUUACGAUUUGAUGCAAAUGAAUUUAUUCAUAUUAAUCCAUGGCUAUUUUCAACAUCAUUUGUAUCAACAAUAAAUAUAGUAGCAAAUCUACCAAAUAAUGAUUAUCGUUCAAUUAUGUAUGCAAAUGCUAUGCAAAAAUCUGAUUUUAAAAUACACACAAAAAAUGGAACAAUUGAAACUGUACGCUAUUUAUUAUAUUUAACAAUUGAUCGAAUACAUAAUGAAAUCGAUGCUAAUCCAUCGAUUAAAUCAAUCGUAAUUGAACACCAAAAAGAAUCAGUUCAACAGGUGUUUGCUUAA